AUGGAGCGCCCGACCAUCGGAUGGAACGGAUUGCAGCGCGCGGCGCAAGAAUUCAAAUCUAACGGGGCGCAGCGCGCGCGAGAGCGGGGCCCCGCCGCAGUCCGGGCGGGAGAGCCCGCGCUUGGCCCCGGCCGGGCGGCGAGGAUGUUCGCCGGGAUGAACGUGAUGACCGUCUCGGAUUCGCCGACCUUUCCCUCUCGGUUAGGCUCUGUUCCCGACGGCGGUGAUGGGCCUGGAGGACAACGGCCGCAGGAGAGAGAUUCAGUAGUACCUAGAGUCAAAUCCUGCAAAAAAAAGCUCUCAAAGAGACCAGGGUAUAUGUGGAAGGAUGUUGAACAAAGAUUAAGCCAUCCCACGCCUGCUGGUAUUCAUUUGGCAUCACAACACCUUGGAAAAGAAAUGAAGACUUGUAUAGACUUGUCUUUUGAUAUUAAUAAACAGGAGAAGUACAGAUUAAAUAAUAAACACCUAAGUGAAAACAAAAUUGCAGAAUAUCAGAAUACAGUUUCGGAUCACUUACCUGCCAGAAGUUCUGUGGUUGCAGCUAUGAUUGUGUCAGAAAGUGUUCGGCACUCUCUUGAUUCUAGCUGUCAAUGGAUUGACAGUCAAGAAGACUCCUCAUACACUGGAAUUAAUACUUACUCCAAGCAUUUGUUGACAGGCGAUCUACAGAAGAAGGGUGCUUGCCUUAAACAGUGUAAAAAGGAAAGGGGUAUUGAUGUAAGCAAGCCACAAGCUGUUGCUAGUCCAAUUAGACAAGUGGAUAGUGAAAAUCUGCAAAGACAGCAGCCUUGGGACAUAGAUAAAGAAAUGGAUUCAGCUAACACAUUCAUUUCCAGCUUCAAUUUCAUACAGAUGUCAUCAAAUUGUAACAGUACUUCUGUUGACAGUAAAGAUGAAUUACAGCAGAAUAGAUUUGUUUUACAAUUUCCCAAUGCUGAACCAGAAAUGAGGCAGCAUGAUGCAAAUACAUUAGUAAAAAAUCAAUUCUGCUCCAAAUCUUUAUGGAAGGAUUUUGAGACCCAUUCCUUGCAUGCAUCUCAAAAAGUCGGCAUUAGAUGUGGUACUGAUACGAAGUCAGAGAACAGGCCUCAGGAUUAUGACUUGCUCUCACUAGAUAUGGAUGUUUGUUUGUGUUCAGCUGAUUCUUCUGAUGGCUCUUGUGGUUCAUCUGUAACAUCAGGGUAUGAGAGCAGCAUCACUGUACUUGACCAGAAAUGUAAUUCUUUAAUGAGGAAGUAUGAUCCAAUUCUUCAAGAUUGCCUCCAUGAAAACAGAAUGAAGUUAAAGCUUCAAACUUUGAUCUUAAAGCUACAGAAACUUCAGAAGAAGGCUGUACAGAAUGAUGAUUAUGAGAAAGCUGACAAGUUCAACAAGAAGUUAGCAGAAUUGAAGAGAGAGCAGAGUUCCUUAAAAUUCCAGCUGCCUUCCUACCAUCCAUGUAUUCUGAGGUUUCUGCAAAAAUUUGAACUUCAACAGCAAGUUGCUGAGCACCAGAAUGAUUGUAUUUUAAAUAAGAGAAGUCAGCUUAUUCAAGAUAGACAACAGUUACAGAAAGAAAUUGCUGAAAUUAAGGAACGACUUGCAUUGUUGGAAGCCAGAGACCAUCAGCUGUGUAUAGAAAUAGAAGAAGGAAACAGACUAAUAGAGUCAUGUGAUUGUGAACUUACUUCCUUACCAAACACAUCAGCAAGUGAAUUACACGAUCUGCAUAAGAUGCUAGAGGAUGUUCUACCAUUAAGAAAUAAAGUCCUUCUCAAUGAAGAGCUCCCUGAACAUAUAAAAAGGCUUCAGAGAAGAGAACAAUUGCUAAGUAUAGCUAUAAAGACAGCUGCUGCAAAGGUCUGCAGCAGUCAAAAGUUGUGCAGUAACUUCAGCAAGAAAGUGAGCGAUAUUGAAACACAACUUCCAACUCUCUUGGAAGCCAAGAUGUUAGCCAUAUCUGGCUAUGAAUUCUCAACUGCGAAGGAUUGUGCUGAGGAGAUUAAAUGUUUGACUUCUGAUAAAGGUAGACUUGAAGGAAUUAUUAACGACUUGCAGAGUUUAAUCAUUAGAAAUGGUCAGCAGCUUGAGGCUAUCAAGGAUGAUUAUAGCAGAUUGAAAACUGAACUGGAGCAGGAAGAAAGGCUGUUUGAGAAUGACCAGAGAGAAAAUGUUAUUAAAUAUAUGGGAGUCCUGGAAGACAAACUUCAUAGUUGUGGAACCCAUUUAUUUGAGAAAGUGUGGGAAGCAGACUUGGAGACCUGUCAACUCUUUAUCAGAGGUUUGCACCUGAAAGAGUCCAGCUACCAUGCAUGUGAGGGGGAGGAGUACCGAACAGGUGAAGAAGAUGAAGCCAUUGAAGAUUCAUGUUCAGAUAUUAAGGAUGCUGGAGAUUAUUUCUUUCCAAAUAAACAAGAUUGGCGUACUGUACAGUGCUUUGUUCCUGAUCAAAAAGAAACUGAUUCAAGUGAGGUAUCAAUGAAAUGUUUUCCCAGCACCAAAGGCUCACAGUCGAAGGUUGCCUAUAAGGGUUCUGCAGUGGAAAUAGGAGAACAGUGUGAAGAUAUUAGCGACAAGCUGGUAUGUUUGGAAGAGCAGCUGCAAGUGGCAGUAAACAAUCACGAUGACAGCCUUACUCAGUAUCUACAAAGAGAAAUCCAGAUGGUGAAAGAAGCACUGCAGGCAAUGUUGAAACAGCUUUUGUCUUUGGAAGAGGGAACGACGGAAGAUUUUGUAGUUAACAUCUGGUGACUAAAGAAUGAAUUGCCUGAGGGCAAAUUCACCUGAUGUUGAUGUGCAACAUUCCACUUUUAUUAGCUGUAAUAUUUUAGAGAUGGAAUUAAUAAUUACUGUAACAAAAAUGACAAUCAUUAAUAAGCACUUGAUUUAGAAUUUGAAAAUUCUAAAGCCAGGGUCUAAAAUUAAUCUUGUAAUGUUAGUCAACUUACAUUGAUAAUUAUUUCUAAUAUCAGAAUUAAUUGUGAAUCUUGCUCUUGUUUUAUACAAAAUACUAGAAGCAAAGUAUUGAAAAAUCAAGCCUAAGAUGCAACUUUCCAUGUUUAAUAAAAAAGGGGGUUCAAAUAUUUCACAUGUAAAAGGUAAGCCCUCCUAUAAUUCAAGUUUACAGUAUUUUCUCUACUACAUUAUUUGAACAUUUCUGACUUUUUCAUUAUUAAUAAUGAAGAUGAUCAAUGGGACAUUUUCUACUAAGAAUAUCACAGUGCACUCAGUUCAGUAUAAAUGGUUUGGUUAAAUCAACUUCCUUAUUCACAAACUAAAUGUAAAAUCUUGUUUCCUAACAUUCAGUAAGACCACAUGGGUUCUUUCAGGAUCAGAGGAGUUAGCCCCCUGUGCAGCAAAAGGUUUGAAGUGGCCUUGGUGGCGAAAGAAAAAGAAACUACACCAUGUUUGAUUUAAAAAAAAAGGGGGUUUCAAAUAUUUCACAUGUAAAAGGUAAGCCCUCUUAUAGUAUUUUCAAAUGGUGAUGCUACCAUCACCCCAGAUACUCCAGACAGUGCUUAGAUUACUGCUUGGUGCUAGAUAUUUAUAUUUCCCAUUGAUACGGGGUGAUAUUCAAAUAUGGCCAAAGUUCAUUGUUAAAGGAAGAGUCACUGAUGUAAACUGCUUCCCUUGGAUCUAACAGUGGCACCAAAGUCCCCAUAAUAGUAACAGUAUGCAUCCAUAAAUGACAGUUUCAUUCAAGUCACCAGAUAGGCAUAAGUAAACCUUCAUUACAUUUUGGAAGCUGUGUUCCUUAGUUUGAGUCAUUUCGGAACCUGACAAUGCAUUGCAUUAAAUAUUUUCAAACUUGCUUUUUUCUGAAUUGCUUUUAGACCUCUUCUUAGAAGAUAACAAGGCAGAAUUUCCCUAAUUAUCAUGCAGUAAUUCUGACAAACGGCUUGUGGAACUCACCAGAAAAUGGCGGAGUACAGUUGUGCUGGUACCUGACGUUUCUGAACAAUAUAAUAAACAGCAAAAGCACAAACCUUUACCCAGUGAUGGUAGAGAUAGCUAUGGGCAUUGGGGCUCCUUAUUCCAAUUGUUAAUGCAUCCUUUCUCAUUCAGGUCUUGAAAGUAGUACACCAAAGGAAAGAAAAUAAAUCAGGAUUAAAAUGGGCAAUAGUCCAGGGAAACCAGACUAAGGGAGUAUUGAAUGGAAAUUUUAAGGGGCUCCUGGGCAAUAUGCCUACCUAAAUCAGGCAAGUGGCAAGCUUCCUCACUUCAUGGCCAGGCAUACAUUGGAAAUCCAUUAAAAGGUUUGAUACAAAGUUGAUGCUCUCCCAAUGACUGCAAACUCCAAGGGUACAAUGGGAAGUAACUGGUGUGUAGAAUAUCAGCAUAGCUGCUAGGAGCAUGGCCUGUGAACUUUUGAAAAGGUUAAUGUUUCCAGCAGAGGAACUUCAUUGAUGUUGCCCAACAUUACUAUGACAAUACAUAAAAAGAGAUUAUUCUUGUGAAUGUAUAUGGCCUAAAGGUUAAGGCCAAUGAAGUUUCAAUGGAAAAUUAAGCUGGUAAUUCUAAAAGUGCAAUGCAAUUUCCUUAUAAUUUCAGUUUCUACCCUUACACUGGAUAUAGGGUAUCAUCAUUCACUCAUCUUCAAACUGUACAAGCAAUUUGUUGCAUGAGCUAUAGAAUGGUACUUUUUUUUGGAAGUAGUGCCAAGGCAGUUUUAGUUACAGCUGAUUCCAUUGAUUAAAUUCAAAAAAGCAAAGGUCCAUGAAGAUUUGAAAUGGCAUUCCAAGCACAGUAUAAUAUGCAAAUAGAAGUGAAUGGUGUGACCAGAAUAAACAUUUAAUUCACCAAAAGUGAAAUCUCUGUUACAAAACUCUUGACUAUUCACUGAUUCUUCUCAGGCACUUAAGAGGUACAGUGCAAUACAACUGGUGGGUCCUUUUCCCUUUUAAAGAGAUGCAAAAUAAUGUAGAUUUUGUUUGUUACACUGUUUAGCACUAGGCAGAAUGCACUUUACUAACAUUAUGCUUCCAGAAUGUUAUGUACUUCAGUAAUGUCUCAUUUAUAUUUACAUUACCAAUGAUUGGGUGAAGCAAUGAGCUUCAAUGAUGGAAGAAAAGGAGGAAUGGUGUUUCUAUGUGCUUGAGAAGAAACAGCUAGCCAAGGUUGAGAUGCCUAAGGACCAGGUCAUAGUACAAUCUUGAAAAUAAUUAUUACUAUGGAUCACUGGUGGUCUGAAGGCACUUUGUUGAGGUGAUUGGCAAGUAGGAGAUGCCACAUUGCAGGGGGUUUCUCAAGUCCUGCAGAGCACCCUCGAGUCUAUUGCUGUGUGGUGAUGGUCACCACAAAUUUUUGAACAGGACAUUUAAGAGAGCUACUUAGAUGGUUAACAUUUGUUCCAUAGAGAUUCUGAACUUUUGUACAGUGCUUUAAGUAUUGGGCAACGUUAUUGUCUCCAAAGAAUACCAUUGAUGGAAAUUUGAGUGGCCUUUUUGUAACAACAAAAGGCUCCCAAUAGUUGGUGACUUUACAGCAGAUUUUUCCCUGAAAUGCGAUCACCUCUGGCCUCCAAGGUGCCAAAGGAGUGAAUCUUGAAUUUAUUGAUACCUGUAAGAAAGAGGUAAAACAAUGUACUGUAGCAAUUGGCACCUUUAUCAGCAGAGGGAAUGCAAAGUUUACAAUUAAUGGCCUUCCUUGCCCUUUCUGGUGAAGUUAUUGAACUUCUCCCUACACAGUAUUAUGUUGCUGGGAUUUAUUAACUUCUGACUCCUGCCAUGCAUUUGACUCACUGAAUUUGCCACUUUUAUUCCCUUGCUGGAGAUAAUAUUGGCUCUUUGUGUUAGCUGCAAGAGAAUCUUAAUGUCAUUGUCAAAACAAGUCGUCGUACCUCUUCCUUAAUAGGCAUUUAACUUGAAGCUUGUUGAUGGCCACUUGUUAUACUAGUUCUUUUGAACAAGAGGAACAAGAUCGUUGGUGAGGGUAAAAUGUCAGAAAUGGAUUGUAAAGUUGUCAAUUAAUAGGUCCAGCAUUUCAAGUAGGCAGGUAAUACAGCUCCUUUUAAGGUUGUAUUUUAUUAUGACUAUCCUCUGCUAUUUCACCUGGCGAAUGUCUUCCUUAUAUGAAAUAAUACUGAGGAAAUUGGAGCACAGUUGGUCAAAGUUUCACAAGAGUUUAUUUCUGGUACACUUAACCAUCCUGCAAACUCUGAGAAGAAAAUCUUGUGUUACUAAGUAUAAUAAGACAAGGAACAUUGAUUCAUUGUAUUCAGUAACACUAUUGCUAUAUAAUAAAUUAAUCUCUCAACAUUCAAAAUCUUUGUAAACCUGGUAAAAAACUAGUACAAAUAGAAGUGACUCUGUACCUAUCUUUCUUUGGUUUAAAAAGUGGUUCAAUGGUACUCUUCAGGGACAGAACCUUUUUUUUUCUGGUCUGACAUUCAAAUGACUUCAGAUCUAUUCUCAUGUUUUUGGCUGUCCUUUGAAUGGGCUUAAUAGCCCACUCAUUUGUCCAGCUUUUACAAACCACACGGACACUAGUGGGUUAAGGGCCCACUGCCAGCACGUCAGGAAGAUUGGGGAUGGACAAUGCAUUGUGAAAAUGAAUAAAAUAAUACUGAGCCAUUAAGGUUUCUAGUUCCAUUACAAAUGCCAGAAAUUUCAUUAUUUAGCACCUCUGUAGCCUUUAAAGUCAAAUACAUGAAUAUUCUAUUCUUUUGAGGACUUGUAGUUUAUUUUAAGAACUGCAUGAAAAGGUAGCUGCAAAUGUAAACAUAAGAAGUAUUACCACUAACAAAAGUAUUUAAAAAUCCAUUGUAAAUAUUUUUUACUAAAUCUUAAUGACCAUGAUAAUGUAGGCAGCUCAAGAAUAACCAUAUAAUUUACUAUCUUUUGUACUUGAGAUUGAUGGGUGAAGUUUAGAAUGCCAA